AUCCUUACUUGCCCAACAUGUCAUGAUAAUUCUAAAACAUCCGCAGAUUCAUUGGAAACGUACCAGGUUGAUUUCACCCGAAAAGAUCUAGUUUCCUUCCAUAAAAGUUUUCUGCCAGUCAUCAAAAGUAGAGUGUGAUAUGUGUGAUAACAAAGCCGAUUUCUGGUGUGACGUUUGUGAAAACCUUUUAUGUAGCGGCUGCAAUAAAGGUCAUGAGAAAAAUAAAAAAUGGAGAACUCACAAAGUUGUAAGCAUUACUGAAAUAAAAGAUCCUUCGGAUUUCCGACAUGAGGUGCUAUGUAGUAGAGAAGGACAUAAAAACAAGCCAUUAGAAGUCUACUGUACAGGGGAUAGUUGUAAAAAGGCUGUAUGUGGUACAUGCUGGAUGGUUGACCACUCUGACAAGACUGAACAUACACCAACAGAUAUCGAGGACCAAUUCGUAGAGGAAAGAGACAGUCUUCUCAAGAAAGCAGAAAAGCUAAAUGAAAAGCAAGUUCAGAUAACGAGACUUCAAAAGAGAAUAGAUGAGGAAGCUUAUGAUGUCACAAAGCAAACUAUUUUAGCGGAUUUUGAAAUAAGUUCUUUUUUUAACCAGUGUAUCAAGCUGUUAGAGAAAAGAAGAGAUGAGCUGUUGGAGACGGUUAACACGAUUUCACAGAACAAAGAAAUUGUUCUGACUAAUCAGAAACAGGAACUAGAAGAGUCCAAGUAUAGAUUGUCAGAUGCAAACAUUUUUCUUGAGCAAUCAUGUCUUUCGAAUAAUUCAGCAGGAUUCCUGAAUCUCGUUCCAGUUAUAAAUAAAAGAUUUGAAGAUUUGAUACAAGAAAAAUACGACAAAGCUCCAAGAGUUGGUAGCCAAAUCGGUUAUUCAAACGUAACCACAGGAGAUGACUCACGUAUACUGAAAGGAAAAAAUCUACAGAAAAUUAUUGAACACCAUGCGGCAAUUUCAGCUACAAAUGCAUAUCCACCAAGGACAGAAAUUAUAAUAGUAAAUACGAGAGGGAAUAAAAUUCUUCAAGUAACUUUGAAGGAUUUCAAGGAAAAUACCAUAAAUGAUUCUUCUUUAUGGGUGUCUGCUGUUCUUAAGGGCGAAUCCUCUGGUGAUGUAACAAAAUUACGAUUUAACAGUAUGGGUAAUGGCAGAUUCAAAUCUCUACAGAACAUUAAAGAUUCGGAUGUUUAUAUUAAAAUUCUGCUGAAUGAGAAACAAUUCACAGAAGAAAUGAAGAUUGAAUCAUUGAACUGUGUAACAGGUAAUCCAGAAGAAGAGAUAGAUAGUGUAGAAGAAAAUGAAUUAAUCAGAGAAGAAAAAGAAUUUACAGAUUCAGAAGAAGAAUGGGGUCUGUAAAUGUUUUAU